GUGGUGCUCCAUGUCACGCCUCUGCGAACCUUGCCUUGAAUCAAUUCGACAAUACUAAGAAGGCCGUCGAGCCACAGACUCAAGCCCCUGCGACUGGCCGAAAUAUUGGCUAGUCAAACAUCGAUGCUGGCAUAACUUGUGGCAACGAUGGACACUACUGCUGGCAUUAAGCCAAAUGAUUCUACAGAAUCAAUCGGCCGACAGAUCUUGACGCCUCGUGUACGAUGGCCGAAGCGAGCAUGGCAUGCACAAGGCCCAGCUCUGCAAAUCUUCCAGGAUAGCAUUCGCGAAUUCGUUGACAAUCUUCUCGACGACAUCGAUACUGCACAUGCCGAUAUCUUUGUCAGGCUCUAAUGAUUGGCCGCAAGCCAGAACGCGCAGAUCCCUUCGUCUUUGUGUGUUGCACGAACCUUUCAGUGCUCAAAGACGCGGAACAUUGCAUCCGGAGCAGUGAUUUCAAAAUUCGUUUUCAGGGAUUCAAACUGGGUGCAAUUGCGUUGCCUCUGGAAUCACAGGUCCCUCUACGCCGGGUAUGCAAGGACGAAGAAAUAUACGGCCAGCCACAAGAAGUCGCAGACUCGUCACUCGAAACGUGCAUCAACACAGCAAUGCCAAACUUGGCAGAAUACGCAUUGCCAGCCGCAUACGAGAGACAGGUCACUCCAGUUAAUCAUGAGACAAUUCAAGAUUUGAUUGGUGCCGAAACCCUAGAGAUCCGAGUAUACGCCUCAAACCAUGACUCUCACCAUACAAAUGAGCAUGUGCAGGACACCAAAGUGCUUCCUAAAGUCGGUGCCAGACUGUGGUAUUCUCAAGAUGAUAGCGUUACUCCAUAUGCUCCUCAAUCGACCGGUGGAGUUAUUUUGAGCAACGGAACAGACCUCUUCCAACUCACUGCCCGGUACCUAUGGGAUCGAUCCAUCUACGCAUCUCCAGGAGAGCCCGGCAUCGCGACUCUGGACUACUGUCAUUUCGACGACCAGGACACGGACGAGGACGAUGACUUCGAGCUUUUGAGCCAGGCGAGCUUGUCAUCAGCUGAAACAGGCUCACCAGACACAGCUAGCGAGGGCCAGUUCUCUCCUCUUGAAUUCCGAUUCGAAACCGCGAGGGCAGAGCAAACACAUGCGUCUCAUGUUGACCUUCAAAGCCACCUUCAGUAUCUCGCAUAUCCUAGUCGUACGACGCUCUCAGCUGGAAGAAUUUCAAACGAUGGUUACAAGGGACCAGGGCCGACAGAGGAGGCUGAAGAGUUUUCGCCGGUGCUUUUGGGAGUCAUCGACUCUCCGCACGACAGCCUCCCCUGUCAAGCUCUAGACUUCUCCAUGCUGAGACUACCAGACACCCGAUCAUACUCAUCCAAGAAUCCCAACGAGUUUCAAUUUGAUGGGCGUACAAUAACCAUACAUGACGCCUCAGAGAUCCCAUCCACAGAGACAGAGAUCAUCGCAAUCUGUAGCUCUACAGGUCCUUGCCGAGGUGUACUGAUUCCUGGUGCGAUCAGCCACAGAUUCAGCAACUGCACAGCGACUAUUUAUCAGAUCCAAAUGCAGAAUGCAAUUCUUGCGGGAGACUCCGGCUCUGCUGUGGUCAAUGCAACAACAGGCGAGUGGUACGGACAGAUUGUGCUCGGUUGCCCUGGCACCAAUCAAGCUUACUUUAGCUCGGCGGUUGAGAUCAUGAACGAGAGCAACAGGGCGAUGCAACCAGGGCACACCUUUGAAUUAUAUGGCCGCCGCCAUUUACUUGCUGCUCCUCAAAAAUUGAAAAACGAAACUGAUCCUUUGUUAUGGCUCGAACGAGUUCAAGAAUGGAAAAACGAAACUGAUCCUUUGAUAUGGAUCACAGGAAGACCAGGAACGGGCAAAGAAAUCCUCGCGCGAAGCUUGCACACCCAUCAUCUUGAUAUCCCUCCGCCGGCGACUAAUCUCCGUUUUCAAGAGUCGAGAUCGUUGCAGAGGGCCUGGGUUUGGACAACACAGUUCACCCGAACAAAAAGGACCAAGCUGUUGAAGCAUGCCGGUCCUGCGUCAUUCCCAUUGGCGCUCUGGGAACCACUUCAGUUACUCGAUCAGGCACAGACAUCUUAUGCGUCAGUGUUAUCGACUGGAGCUAUGCCCAUAACCCAAACAAACGCCACAUUUCGACAUCCCAACACUCCGAUGUAUUUCUCACAGGUGCCACUCAAUUCUGACCGGAAGCUUUGCACAACAUUGGAGUCAACAAGGAGCAUACCUUCACUCGGGCUAUCACUUUCACAGGGAAAAGAACUCUGGAAUGAUUCGCGAACGUCGGAGUCGAGCUGGAGCCGAAUAUUGAAUGUCAUAGAGGUUCAGCCUACGCAGUCUGCAGACAGAGUGUUUGGCGGUCACAUUGAUUCAGAUCCCAUGGUCUUCUAUCCCUCAAUCAUCGUCGUCAUAUUGCGGCCAGCACUGGAUACAAAGACGAUAUCGAGGCUAGCUCAUCUUGCUGAUGGCAGACUCACGUGGAGGGACUCCGUUUUGGGAGAUUCGGAUUCUGAGCGGCACGAUCCCCCGCCCUGCUACCAGUCUUCGAGUCGCAGCUUGAUCUGCGUGGAACCGUCGAGACUUGGGAGACAGCACAUCAUUGCGCCACAUCGCGUCUUAUCCGAACGUUACUUUUACGAGUUGGAGAAGACAGAUACCUACGACAAGGCCGCUGUCUACGUCGCAGACACACAUUUCAGGCCGAUGCUUCCACAAGAAGGACACUAUUGCAGUCGAACCCACUCCCGAGAUACUGGUCAAUCUGGCGAUAGGCAUUCGCGUCCAAAUGAAUCCGGAGACUGGAUGUGGGGCAUCUCGAUCGACAAGCACGGGACGAUUCAUCCCAUGGCUGACGGGGAUGAAGUUGCUGAACGGGACCAUCAGGUCAGGCUGCGUGCCCUCCACGGUGUUCGCGAGAUCCCAGAAGUCCCCAGGCGGCUUUUCGAAACUUAUCUGGGAGCUGUGGCUCAGGAGUCUUUCCAUGGCGAAGUGCACCAAAUCCACAUACUUGAUUCAGAGCUCAUGGAUGCCUGCGGCAACCUGGGCAAGGCCCCUUCAAACUCUAUUUCUGAUUGUCCUGCGUACGGGAUAUGCCUGAACGUGCUGCACAAGUGUGCGUCAGGCGUAUCCCGUGCGCAGGACAAUCAGAAAUUGAGUUUGAAGGUGCCUUACCCAGGUUGGUGUGAGUCAACAAAUGAUACCCGCGAAGAGUCCGCCUGGCAAAGAUCCAAAUCCUGUCGCAGCACUUCCUUCAACAUGUGUUUCCAGCUUCCAGUUGCUGUUGAGGCAUCCGCGAAAAGUAUUGGUUUAUGA